CUCGUUAGACUGACAGAUACUCGUCGCAUCAGACCAUCAGCCUGCAGCAGCUUUCCGCGCGCUUAAUUGUCUUGCAUUGAAUCUAGUGGCCUGUAAGGAGUUGCCUCUGGUUUCGAACGCAUUGCGCCGUACAAUCGACAUCAGGCUUAUCUGUUUCCUUGCUCGCAGCGCCCAAAGCGGAAAUCUCACAAUGGCCCCCGCUGCAGGAAGAUCAUUACCGGCGAAGCGCAACCCGCUUCUCAUCGACGAUGUCCCUCCGUGUAUGUAGACUCACGCUGGCUGCCGAUGCGCCCGAGAAGUUGCUCAAGACUAACGUGGAGCAUGCAGAUUCCGAGCUCGUGUCGCGCCGCCGUCUCGGCCAGACCAAGCUGACUCCUAAGAUGGUCGGCAGCGAAGAGGCCGACUCUGGCGCGCUGGGCUUCUUCGACUACGCCCAUCUGCGCGCGCCGCUGCCCAAGGGCAUUGUGUCGGGCAUCUUCAAGUCCAGCCCCAACAGCUACUUCCUGAUGCGCCGCAGCUUUGACGGAUACAUCUCCGCCACCGGCAUGUUCAAGGCCACGUUUCCCUACGCAACGGCCGCGGAGGAGGAGACUGAGCGUAAAUACAUCAAGGCCCAGGCGACUACGAGUCCCGAGGAGACUGCUGGAAACAUCUGGAUCCCUCCGGAAGCCGCUCUCACCCUCGCGGAAGAGUACAACAUUGGCAUCUGGAUCCAGGCUCUGCUCGACGCGGCCAAGAUUUCCACCACCCAGCCCGCUGAUGCCUCGCCCAAGACUAUUACUGCGCCGCCCAAGUUCGAUCGUCUCAAGGCGCCCGCGCAGGUUCUUUCUCCCACGCCGACCACACGAAGCGGUCGUAGCCGUCGGUCGGCCAGCCCAACAAAGACCUCAUCUACCCGACGCACAACUGCAUCUCCGCGAAAGCGCGCCUCUAGACAAAAGGCUACGCCUGUGGAGACAACACCAAUUCCAGAAGUGGCCGCGAGCGAGGUCGUCGAAGAGGUGGAGGAGCCUGUUUUGAAGUCGACGGAAUUUGAGCCAGCUUUAGAACCCAAGGCCAAAGCCGAGAUUACAGAUGCCUCUGCUCAGCUCCCCUUUACAGCGGGCCAGCCCCCCAGCGCAGAGGAGAUUGCACAGAUGAUGGCCACCGCCAAGGCGAUGGUGCAAGAAGAUAAAGACUUGGCGGCCAAGGCUGAUGAAGCUGCUAAGGAAGCGGCUGCUCAGACCAAGGCUCUGUCAAAGAGCAAGCGGAAGGCUACCGACACCGGUGAAGAGGACGAGGCUGCCGAAGGGGAUGACAAGGCUGGAGACGCGCCCCGUUCCAAGAAGAUUAAGACGGAGGUUGAGGUUCGCAAGGGCAGGAUACAGAAGAGGGCCCUGUUUGGUAUUGGCGCCACAGUAGCAGUUGGAGCGCUCGUGCCUUGGCUUGCAAACUUCCUAUAAAACGACGGAAUGAAAUGUGGCCAUGUGUUUUUGUGUUCCGUGAAAUCUGACUCUGAAAGAACGAUAACUUGAUCUUUAUGGCGGCCGAAUGAGGAUUGGAACGGCGCGGUUUUGCUUUUUUUAUAACGUUUUUUGUCCCUUUUUUUUUUUUUAACCUGUCAUCCUUUAAUUUGUCU